AUGCCCUUAGUAAAGCUAACCCCCGAGUCUCAACCAAGUGUAAAUAAAAAUAUUGGGUAUCAUAAUAAUAUCUUCCAUGCAAGUCGUGUCUAUGCGACGCCAACAUGCCAUCAACAAGCCUCUGUAGCUUCUACACGUGCUCCCCCGGACGCCAAAAAGUCAUCAAUAAGCAUCCGCAACUUCUUCACCUGCUCCACCAGCCUUGCCCGCAAGACCUCCAAGUUCAGACCCCGUGUACUCUGCAAGCACAAAGCCGCGCCCCUGUCUUUCUACUGCUUGGCAAUUGUCUCCUCACAAAGCGCAAUGUUCCAAUGGAAUGGUCCACCAAUAAACGAUUUGUUUCAACGCCCCCAAAGCCCAGAAUGUCGUCGACGCCUUCAACCUCACCAUACACGCAAGGGCCCAGUCGGCACGCCUUUACUCAAGAUGACAAUGAGUAAUAAGUAUUACACUACUAUCCCAUCACGCAUAAGGGAUACUGUCGAUCGCAAGGGCAACGUCACUCGCCACACGCCGUUCUUCGAGAAAACCCUGUCUCAGGUCCGGGACAAGUUCCUCAAGGGCACUCCAGAAGAUGAGAUGUGGAACGUGCUCACCAUGGUGCAAAACAUCGAAUUCAUGCUUCUCAGUGAAGGCGGAAACAAUACCGCCUCGCAUGUUGAUGACUUCGCACCAGUGAUCUUUAUUACAUGCCAUCGAGGCCCUGUCGGUAUUGGCUGGAUCCCACUCACUUGGCAGGACCGGCUAAAGUGGGAACAUGAUCCAACCUCGGUCAAGCGACAAGCACGCUACUUGGUGCUUCAUCCUGGGCAGACAGUGUACAUGCCGCCAGGCACCAUUCACUCUGUUUUCCGCAAGCACGGAGUGCCGAUCCUGAUCACGGGAGGCGAGGUACUUACAUGGGCCGGGCUAAGACGAUGGCCAUGCUUACUGAAGCACCAAGAGCUUUGUGAGACAGAGCCAGAUGUCACACCAGACAGUGCAGAGAAAUGGGUCGCGUGCCUUUUCGAGGUCGUGAGACAACGUCGUGAAGCACAGGACUGGGACAUGCUAGAUUCGGCUCAAAAUGUCUGGAUAAUCACUUCAUCGAGCCAACCAGAGCAUAUAUCAAGCGCGCAGAGUACAGAUCUAAACCCAAUGUAG